CAGUUUAAUUUUCGACGCCUUUCAAACAUGUUGAAAUAUUUCGGAUUUACUUUAGUUUUGGUAGCAACGGCUUUGGCAGCUUCCUUGCCGGCUUCGUACGAUGAGCCAGCAUUGUUUAAAAAUGAUCAUAGAAUUGUGGGUGGACAUGCAGUCAGUAUUACCAAACAUCCCCAUCAAGUAUCGAUGAGACGCAAAAGUUCGGCAGCUAAUGCCUACUCUCAUACUUGUGGCGGCAGUAUUUACAAGGCAAAUGUUAUUGUCACAGCUGCCCAUUGUAUUUUGAAUCGUCAGCCCGAAACUUUCAUAAUUGUGGCUGGUACAAGCACCCGCAAUGGCGCAGAUGGUGUCGUGGCACGUGUUAGUAAAAUCAUUAUGCAUGAAAAUUACAAUUCAUCUGUAUACGACAAUGAUGUGGCUUUAAUGAUUCUAUCAACGCCAUUGCCUUUAAAUGGUGUCACAAUUGCUCCCAUUACCUUGGCAACAGAAGUCCCAAAACAUGGUUCUAAGGCAGUAAUAACUGGUUGGGGUACAACCUCAUCUGGAGGUUAUUCAUCCAAUACGUUAUUAGAAGUUGAGGCGCCUAUAGUCAGCAAUGAUCGCUGUGAUGUUUCCUAUUCUGUAUCUUAUGGUCCAGGCCGUAUAACCAACAGUAUGUUAUGUGCUGGUGUUGAGGGAGUCGGUGGCAAAGACGCUUGCCAAGGCGAUUCCGGGGGUCCUCUUUUGGUAAAUCAUAAAUUGGCUGGUGUUGUUUCUUGGGGUCGUGGCUGUGCUUUGGCCGAUUAUCCGGGUGUGUAUUCAAAUGUAGCUGUCUUAAGGAAUUGGAUCGAAACUAACGCUGCCGAAAAUGCCUGAAAUUGUGCGAUAAAAAUGAUUUAAAUAAAAAUUUUAAAAUAUGAACCAACUAA